UCAUCGCUCUGUGAAUGGUGAAAAAUCAAUAUUUUCGCAUUUCUAUUUACAGCAUCCAAUCAAUCGCAGGAAACAUACAAUUUUCUCAAAUUUGCGAUUAAAUAUUCUCAAAAAGUAAAUCUUUGUGCGAAUACAUUGGUUGGGAUAAGGUAAUUGCGCCUAAAUUUAGAUAAGACAGUGCACACAUCACAAUGGCAUCGAAACAAAAAAAAUCCAGCAACGCUCGAGAUGAGGACCUAUCGUCUGAAUCGGUGGAAGUGCUCCGCGAGCGGUUGAACCAAAUGAAGCGGUUGAUUGCCGAACGCCAGAAUACGACCCCCAGCGGAAGUGCGUCGGACCUGUGGUCACCCCAAACCCGGUCCAGCUGCAGUGGCAUCAUCGACGGAAACUUCCUCUCGAUGGCGUUCGGCGGGGCGCUCAUUGUGAUCCUGUCCGUUUCGGUGUAUGCAUUCUACAAUCUGUACCACGCCGUGCUGAAGAAGUUUCCCUCACAGCACACGGAGCUGUAAAUACCUAACGAUAUACCAACAUUCCAUUGUGCACGAAAAUAGUUUAAUCAUUAGAUUGGUAAUGGCAUUUU